UUGGAUGCCAACCGCCGUUAAACCUCAUCGAAGAAGAACGCUAAGCAGAAUCAGAGAUAGAGGUUUCAACCAACAUUUCUUUGAUAAAGCGAAAACAUAGACUUUCAUAACCAUUGCUAAUAUGUCAAAGCUACAGAUGUUGAAUAUGUUUGUCACCGAGCGUUUGUCGGCGGCUGCUGUGGAGAUAUUCGGAGCCGUGGAGAAAACCGUAGCAGAGUAUCAGGAAGAAAUCUGCCGUUCGGCGGAGGAGAACGAGCGUUUACGCAGGCUGUUGGAUUUGGUUAGCAAACCGGAGAUAAAGUUACACAGAGCAGACUUCCAGGUACUGACUCCUGCCGUUCCCCCUGAGCAGCAGAACUGUAAGCAGGAGUGGAGCCCCAGUCUAAGGCAGGAGGACCCAGAACCCACACAGAUUAAAGAGGAACAACAGGAGCUCAGACUCAGUCAGGAGGACCCACCUCAGCCCUCAUAUCUAUACCAAAACCAAACUGUGGAUGACGGAGAGAGGGGUAUUCUACCUAUCAUCAUAACUGAAGAGAUCAAAACAGAAGCUGAUGGAGAGGGCUACAUAGUACCAGAACCAACCAGUGAUCAGCCCCUUUCAGUUCAUCCAGACUGCUCUGCUGCAGUGGAGAAGCCAUAUCGGUGUCAACAAUGUGACAAAAGCUUCACACGUAAGGGACACUUGACCAUCCAUUCAAAAAUACACACAGGAGAGAAAUCUUAUCUGUGCAAACAAUGUGACAAAAGCUUCAUCCAGAAAGGCGACUUGGACAGACAUACAAGGGUACACACAGGAGAUAAUCCAUAUCAGUGCAAACAAUGUGGCAAAAUGUUUAACCAGAAAGGAAGCUUGACCAUCCAUUCAAGGAUACACACAGGGGAGAAACCUUAUCAGUGCAAAGACUGUGACAAAUCCUUCAACCAGAAGAUGGAAUUGAUAUUGCAUAUGAGAGUUCACACAGGGGAGAGACCAUAUAAUUGUCCUGUAUGCAAGAAAAGUUACAUGGCAUUAAGCUAUUUAAGACUUCAUCAGCGUGUUCACACCGGGGAGAAACCUUACCAGUGCAAAGAAUGUGGCAAAUGCUUUGGUUAUAAAGGAAGCUUGAAGUCUCAUAUGAGCACUCACACAAAAGAAUCAGCCUGAAGUGAGAACAACAAAUGACUACUCACGUGAAUUUCUUGUUACAUCCAACUUGUAAAUAAUUUAUGUUCUAUUACCUGGCAUUUGACAACAAAACAAAUGUAGUUAUGUGAGAGGAGUGAUAAAACAUCAGUCAGUAUCAGAUUUGUAAGCUCAUUUUAGCUCUCACUUUUUUUGGAUACCUACUGGCCAGGACAAUGAGGGAAUUUGACAAUGCUGGCCCGGCUGAAAAGUGAUUGCAUCCUUUUUGAAACCAGGCUGCCUCACGGGCAUGAGCCACUCCUCCCUCACCGCUUUUGCCUGGUCACAUGAUGUGCCAUAGUCCGGUGCACCGCGGUUCAGCCUAAUCAAACUCCUGCACUGCUGGCUUCAGGAAGUCAUCACAACUGUGUCUAGCAGAGCACACACUUGGAUUCCUAAACAACAGGAGUUCAUAUUCAAUUGUUUAACAAUGACAUACAGGAUAUUUGGGCCACUAUCUUCUAUCUGUACUUCUGUCUGCAUGUUAGAAUAUUAUAGUAGCCUAUUAUGUCUUUGUUGACUAUAUAAUGCAGCAAAUAUUUUAUGUUUUCAUUUUUUCGUGGGGGAGUAGAUCAGCUUUAAUAUUGCAGACAGAUUGUGGCUUUCAAUGUAAUUGCAUCAUUUCCAAUCCCCCAUAUAUGUUUUUGUGUGUGUGUGUGUUUAUAUAUAUAUAUUUUUAUUUUUAUUUUUUUAUAUAUAUAUUUAAUUGUAUU